ACUUUUAUUUUGAAAUAUUUCAGCGCAGUGAAAGCUUUUCGCCAGGCUUCACGCUGUCAGACAUGGCCGCUUCCAGUGUUUUUAAAGCAGGUCUUUUCAACCACAAAGUUGCGGUCGUUACUGGUGGAGGAACUGGAAUAGGAAAAGCUAUUACAUCUGAGCUCUUGCAGUUAGGAUGCAGUGUGGUCAUCUCAUCCAGAAAGCUUGAGCGUCUAACAUCAGCAGCUGAAGAGCUUGCACAAAAAAUCCCUUCAUCCAGUCCAGCAAAAGUGACACCUAUACAGUGCAACAUCAGAAAUGAAGAAGAGGUGAAGAACCUAAUGGCCUCCACUCUAAAGCUUCAUGGGAGGAUUGACUUUUUGGUGAAUAAUGGAGGUGGACAGUUUUCCAGUCCAGUGAACAUGAUGAGUGCUAAAGGCUGGAAGGCUGUGAUUGACACCAACCUCACCGGAACGUUCUUAUGCUGCAAAGAAGCAUACAACACAUGGAUGAGGGACCAUGGAGGUGUAAUUGUUAACAUUAUUGCCGACAUGUGGAAAGGCUUUCCUGGAAUGGCGCACACAGGAGCCGCCAGGGCAGCUGUAGAUAAUCUGACCAAGAGUCUGGCUAUUGAGUGGGCCGCCAGUGGGGUCCGGAUCAACUCUGUGGCGCCGGGAACUAUCAUCUCCAAAACUGCAAUGGAAAACUACAAAGAAUUUGGUCCUGCUUUAUUUAAGAUGUCAGUGGCCAUCAGUCCUGCUAAAAGACUUGGUGUUCCUGAAGAGAUAUCUCCUGCCGUAUGUUUCUUGCUAUCACCAGCUGCUUCCUUUAUUAAUGGAGCAACCCUGAGGGUGGAUGCCGGGCAAAGCCUCUACAAUACUCUAUGGGAAAUCCCAGACCACAGUGCUUGGCCAGAGCCACCAGAGGGAGAAAAUUCAGACGUGUUAAGGGAAAUUAUGAACAAGACCAAAUCUAAACUGUGAAUCAUACUGUAUAUGACUGUGUGAAACAGCUGCUAUUUCAUCUGUGUGGUUGGACCACAAAUAUUUUGAUGUUUUGAAUUACAACACUUGACUGUGGCAU